CGUCAUUAUUAUCGACUUAAUAAUAACAACGAUUUAACAUCGAAAUCAUGGAUAAGCAGGAGUUCUUUACGAAUCUACAAUAUCUGCCAAUCGCCGUUUUUGUCUCGUUGCCUACAGUUUUCAUUUCAACAUAUGUAAUCGCUGUCUUGUUAGGACAUGUAGAAGCUGGCUUUCCUUACAUUUCUGAUACAGCAACUUACGCACCAGAAAGUUCUAUCUUCUCUCAAGCUGUCAACCUAAUUACUAUUCUCAUGGGUUCUGCGAUCUAUAUAAGAUAUUCCCAAAUUAAGGAAUGCAUUAGCUCUGACAAUUCACCUACAGAUUCUUUGCUUGCGAAAUGGAACUAUUGGGCUCUAAUUUUCGGCCUGAUGUCAACCGCCGGUCUAUCAAUUGUCGCAAACUUUCAAGAGACGUCAGUAAUAGUAGUUCAUCUCAUCGGUGCAUUUCUCUGCUUCGGAGGUGGUACCGCAUAUUUUUGGAGUCAAGCCGUAUGUUCAUUUUGCUUGUACCCAUCAGGGUGCUCGUUACGAGUUGCACAGCUUCGUACGGCAUUAUCGAUCUUUUGUACUGUGUGUUUCAUUGUGAUCGUCAUCACAGGCGUGUUGGCUCAUUUAGCCUAUAAGGGAACAAAUCCCCAGAAAUGGCAUAAGGAAGAUGGCGGCUGGGAGUUGCAUGUGGUUAGCACGAUAACCGAAUGGCUUUGUGCAAUAGCAUUUUGCACUUAUAUCUUAACAUUUACGGAAGAAUUUAAAGAUAUCAGAAUAAUUCCUCCAAAGGUAAUUCUUAAAUAACUUGUAAAUAAUACAUUUUAAUGCAACAAAAAUGUUUUAUGCAGAGGCGCCGGCUACGUCAAUCUUCUUUCGCAUUUGCCGGUUGACACACCUUGUCCCGGUUAUCGGUACCGCGAAUCCAGAGACAAUUUACUGGAUGAAGCGGCACCGCUGGUGACCACAACACCGCCAGCGUUAUACGAAAGAAAUCCCGACGUCCUCUGUCCAGUAGAAAUACAUGUACAUGAUCCUACAAUACGUGAACGACGUCGACAUUCCCUAAACCAUCAUACCGAGAAGCAACACCGAAAAACAGACGUCGAAGACAGUUCGACGAGAUGGAUAGAUCUCGAUGAGAAUGUGCUGGACGGUUACAUUUUAAUCGAUGACAGAAAUCUCGGUCCUUCAGUUCCCGAGAUUGAUAGUGAGGAAUUGCCAUAUCCUGAGGAUGCCACUGAAUACGAUGAUGACGAUGAUGAAGACGAUGGCAAUCAGGAUGAAGAUACUGAUAGUCAUGGCAAAUUCAAGUUGAUAUACAAUCAAUCAAAGAGAUUUAAUUCAAAACGAUACCAGUCUGACUUCGAUUUUGGCGUGACAUAUCCGCUUGCGAAUAGUCAUGAAAAUGCCUAUCAGGACUCGAACAGUCACAGUAAAUACGCAGAACUAUAUUCGAAACAUCAAAGUGCCAGAAAUAAUCUCGAAAUAGCUUGCGGCCUUGAUACGUCAUCAUACACAGUAGCGAAUAGUCAUGGCGAUAGAGCUUAUAGAGAUAGCUCGAAAAACGACAAUCUGGCGUGGGAUACAUCAACACACAUGAAUUACGAGAUAGCCAAUAGUCACAGCAAUUACCGUGUAUUCUACGACAGUCAAACACAGCAUGAAGCUAUGAUACCUCCCUGGUCUUCAGAGCCAUGGUCGGAAAGUCGCCGCGAAGAAUCUCACGUUAUGCAAAAGGAAUCUAGGGAUAAUACCACGAAAGAGCAGGACAAUGAAAAAUACGAGGCAAGCACGAAUCAAUUAGAAAAGAAAGACGAGCCAGAUUCCGAGACUACCUGCGAUAUCGAGCAAUGUUUGGUACAAAUCGAGGAAAGUCUUUUAAAUAUUGAACAAAAUCUCCUUCAUGUUCAAGAUUUAGACAUUCCGGAGUUGCGGAAUUUACUCUACAAAAGUCCAAGCAUAGAACGAAGCCUUUAUGAGGUACAAGAUCUCCUCAACGCCGAUGGCGUUGUUCCGGUCGUUCCCAAGAAUAAAUCCACAUCUCUCAAUUCAGAUGAAGAAGAGGAAAAUGAAGAGGAAGAAACAGUAGAAGAAGAGGAAGUCUGGAUAGGUCAGAACAUAACAAUCAAGGAUAACGACAAUGAAGAUGGAAACGCGGGUGCUCCUUUCGUAAAUAACUCCAGUGAGGAAUGCUCGGAUAUAAUCAACAUUGACGAGCAUAAUCCCUCAAGAUCGGAUGAUAAUCACUGGACUGAUAAAUCAAACGUUUUAGUAGAAGAAGAAAAAGACUCGAAUUCUCAAAUAUAUUCAAAGAAGAACUUUGUGCUCAAUAGUCUUGGCAAAACUUUACCAAGAAAAAUCGCCCUCGAUGAAGUUAAAGAAAAUAUUAGGCUGUGCUCGUCAGAACCGGAAGAGCCCGUAACUAUAAUCGAUUAUAACUUAAAUAGCGCAUACGUCGAAAAGAAAUCCCUUUUCCGCGACAAAUGGCAUAGCAGGGCAAGCUCUUUGGAUGAGAACUCGAUCUUCCAGAAUUCGGAGCUCGGUGAUAAGCAAGAAAACGACAAACCCUCGUUGCAAGACGUCUUCCUUAUGACCACGGGGUCCCGUCGCUUAGCAGCCAACGUAAAAGCGCUAUCGGAAGGUACCUUGCAAACCAAUAAAAGAAACCAACAUGAAAGAAGAGGAUCCCAUGAGGAGAAACUUCUACAGGCCGUUGAAGCAACAGCAGCAGACUUUCGAAAAAAACUCGAGACUUUUGCGUCGCAGCGACGAUCCAUUCUGCACAAACAGAAGAGGAUGACGCUGAAAUCAGCCAAAGAAGUCUCGGACAACGUGACAUCACGAUCGAGAGAAAAAUCCCCUACGAAACCGAAGCGCGCGAUCGCGACAACAGCUAAAGCACAGGACAAGGACAACGGUGCCGGUAAAAAUACCAGUUGCGAUAAGCGAAAGAGAAAAAAACCAUCAGGGAAAAGUCAAGGUGCCUCGGAGAACGCUUUGAUCCCCAGCAAACUGAUCUCACUCUCGUUAUCGUUGCUCCUCGCAGCCCUCCUUCAAGCGGUCAGAUGUUUGACGGACCUCGUUGAGGAUGCUUUUAGGUCGGUCAGUUACGACAGAAGCGGAUUACUGCAGUAAACUAUAUAAUAAAUAUCAGAUAAUGCAUGUCUCGGUUUUAUCAUAAAUGCCGCUGGAUACUUCUUAAGUGACGACAAUUAAUCACGUUAUCAAUACACUUCAUAAUCAUUUAAGAAUUACACAAUAUCUGUGAUAAACAUUAUGUUUAGGAAUCUUGACGGAACUUGCAUUAAUCCCUGCUUCCAUAAAAAUAUCAAGAUUGACGAAGUUCAACUUAUUGAACAGAAAUGAAAACUAAUUUUAAAGAGCUUGUAAUAAUAACGUACUGUGAAGAUGAUUGUAUGACGAGCAAAAAUUAAUCUCACAGUUGCUCUUUCUCUUUGAAAUAUAAGAUUAAAAGACACAACGAGCAAGAUACAAUAUAGUGCGUAAUAAAUCUUGAUAACUCGAUGGUGCUAAUUACGGGCUAAGCGUAUAAACGAUAUCUUAGUAUUACGUAUAUACGGUCAAAAGUGCCUGAAAUCCAUACGCGUAUCACAUACGAGGUGUAAUACAUGAUACUAUUAAUAACGCUAUUUACGUCUACCUACAUAAAUCUCUUUUUUCAAGUUGUAAGAGCAUUGAGAGAAAAUAAAACGAAGUGAG